AUGCCGGGCGUCGUCGAAACGCUUGCUAGCUCGGCGGCGGCGCCGUUCAGACGGGAAUUUAGUGUCGGACAGCAGAAGGUCGAACUGGAUAUUGAUUUUGCGAACAAGAGUUUGAAAGGGAGCACCGAAAUCACCGUCUAUCCAAGUCGCAUCGACCUUAAAACGAUCCAGCUGAACUUUCGCCAGGGCGAGAUCAAGCGCCUGACCGUCAACGGCAAAGCCGCAACAUCGAAAUAUGCCGACCCCUACGAGAGCCUUCAUCUGUACGGACCUCAGUAUCAUGAGCGUUUGACCCGAAAAAUCGACGGCCUUUUGAAAACUCCACCGGACCCCCAGCUCGAAAUCUCGAUCCCGAAGAGCGUACAUAUCAGAGAGUUGGAUUCGCGUUCUGCGGAGGCGCGAGAGCGUGUUGCAUUACAGGGCGCUGGGGGAGAUGUUGACGGACCAUCCGGGGCCAGGGCGCCAGAGAGCAACCUGCCUCAAUUCACCGCCGUCACUGUCCACAUAGAAUUCGCGAUUGAUCGCGUCCGAGAUGGCCUGCAAUUCGCUGGUGUCGAUAGCGGGGAUCGUCGGUAUCCACAUGCAUUUACCACUAACUCCCCGGAGUCGAGCCUUGGGUGUCCGCUGUUCCCUUGCGUGGAUGAUCCGUCAUCGCGCUGUGUUUGGGAGAUCUCGAUAUCCUGCCCUUCGUCGCUGGGCGAUAUCUUUGACCGCAAGGCUGUCGGUUCCAGCUCAUCCCGCUCGAAGACCCAGAAUCGGUACAUCUCCGCUGAUGAUGAGGGUUUGGAUAUGUCUGUGGUGUGCUCCGGUGAACUGACGGACGAUAUCACCGACCCUAAAGACCCGACGAGGAAGACUGUGUCGUUCGCAUGCUAUACUCCUCUGUCCGCCCAGCAGAUAGGCUUUGCCGUUGGACCUUUCGAGUAUGUCAACCUUGCAGACUUCCGCGAGAGUGACCAGGAUGAACAAUUGGGACAGAACGCAAUACCUGUUCAUGCAUUCUGUCUCCCAGGAAGAGGCGAUGAAGUACAAAACACUGGCUUCCCCAUGGCUCAGGCGAUUGACUUCUUUUCUCUAUCUUACGGUUCAUAUCCGUUUUCCAGCUACAAGAUUUGCUUUGUAGACGACCUCGCGACGGAAACGUUGCCCACAGCAGGAAUGUCAAUCUGCAGCAGCCAUCUCCUCUUUCCCGCCGACAUAAUCGACGUCAUGUACGAUUCAACCCGUGCGCUCGUUCAUGCUCUGGCAUGCCAAUGGAGUGGCAUCAACAUUAUCCCCAAUGAGCCCGCCGACACCUGGGUCACGGUGGGUGUUGCAUGGUUUGUGACAGAUACAUUCAUGAAGAAGCUGUGCGGCAAUAAUGAAUACCGAUAUCGACUCAAGCAGAUGUCCGACAGGAUUUGCGAGUUGGACUACGAGCGCCCCUCAAUUUACGACAUGGGAAAUUUCCUGAAGAUCGACCCAUCGGAAUAUCGAUUUAUUGCUCUGAAAGCACCCUUGGUUCUUUUUAUUCUUGAUCGUCGUCUUACUAAGGCAAGCGGAAAGGCCACUAUGUCUCGCAUUAUCUCGAGACUUUUCCUCAACUCGCGCAUGGGUGACAUUCCCAACGGCGCAGUGACUUCGUCUAUGUUUCAAAGGUUGUGUGAGCGAUUCGGCCACGCCAAGUUGGACAUCUUCUUCCAGCAAUGGGUUUACGGUGCAGGGUGCCCGCGCUUCCAAGCCACACAGCGAUUCAACAAGAAGAAGCUAGUGGUUGAAAUGAUGAUUAGACAGGUCCAAGCCGACCAACCAUCCGCCCGGGAUCUUGAUAAGAAUGCCUUCUUGCGCGAUGUCAAGGAAGAGGUUCGCCAUGUCUACGCGGGAGCCAUUCAGCCAGUCUUCACCGGAUCUAUGACUAUUCGAAUUCACGAAGCUGACGGUACCCCGUACGAGCACAUUGUCGAGAUCAAGGAGGGCGUGACAAAAUUUGACAUCCCGUAUAACACAAAAUACAAGCGACUCAAGCGCAACAAGAAACAACGGGAGCGUGCAGUUGCCUCUGGCGAUGCUGAGACGCAGGAAGAAAUUCUGCUGUACUGCCUUGGGGACGUUCUUCAGACAGAGGAGGAGGCGCAAGCCUGGCGCUUGGCUGAUUGGACCAAGGAAGAUGAAGAACGAAUGGGGCAGGAAUCAUACGAAUGGAUCCGCAUGGAUGCAGACUUCGAGUGGCUGUGCAGACUGUCCCUUGGUAUGCCUGGCUACAUGUAUCUUUCGCAGCUCCAGCAAGACCGAGAUGUCGUUGCCCAGCUCGACUCCCUUCAGUACAUGGCCGCUCAGCGAGAACAUCCUUUGAUCUCGACUAUUUUUGUUCGGACUCUCAUGGACAGCCGAUACUUCCACGGCAUUCGCGUCACGGCGGCGAGGGCGCUGAUCAAACACGCAAAGGAUGAGGUGGAUUGGAUCGGGCUAUACCAUCUUGAAACAGCAUUCCAGGAGUUAUUUUGUCUUCCCGGAUCACCCAUGACACGUUCGAAUGACUUCUCGGAUCGGGCGGCGUAUAUCCUCCAGCAAGUAAUUCCGGACGCGAUCUCACAAGUUCGUGACAACAGCGGCAAGACUCCUUUGCGGGUAAAACGGUUCCUGUUUGACAAGCUCAAAUUCAAUGACAACUCGAACAAUGAGUACUCUGACAAUUUCUAUGUGGCCUCUCUAAUGCGCUCGCUCUGUCAUGCGAUGCUAGGAAGAGGUGAGGCCCGACCCGAGGAUGAGUUGUCCCAUUUUGAUAUGGAACGCGUGAUCGAGGCUCAGGCCGAAGAAGAAUUGGAAAAGGAUGCCAUCGCCGAGUUUGAUCGCUAUCGAAGAAUGGAUGAAUGGUCGAGUUCUUUCCAGAACCUAUACGCGCGAGCAGCAUUGCACUGCCAAACGCAGUUGAUGCAGGCCAAGAUUCUCGAUGUUGAUCUAAUGCGUUUCAUUCCUUAUACUCGCCCCGGAACCUAUGAUCUCCUUCGCAUACAGGCAUUUGAAAGCCUCGUUGAUCUUGACAUCGCUCAAUACCCCGAUCUCUUCCGCUGGCUCAUCUUCACCAUGACGACUGAUUCCUCUGCUUAUGUUCGGCAUCAUUGCCAACGGUUGUUUGGACGAGCAUUGGCGCAGGUCGCCUUUGGCCGGCCCCAGCAGGUUGAACCCGUUCAGACUGGUGGCUUGAUUAUCGAGCAGGAGUCAUCCACCGAGGUCCGCCAAGCCGAUAUUGCGCGCCGACAAACGGUGCCUGGUGCGAUUGAAGCUCUGAAGAGGGAGAUCUCCGGAGACUCGUCCCUUCGCGACUACAUGUGGGCUGCCUGCAACUCGACGGUCAUUGGAGUGUACGAGCUAUCCGAGCUCACCGAUGUGUGCAGCAUCCUUUUCGACCCCGUCACGUCAAAGAUCGCAAGAUUGCAGUACCCUCGCUACUGGAAAGUACAGAACAUGGGCCAUGGUCAAUUACGAUUCUAUAAGUCCAGCCGUGUCCGGACCAGCCUGGGUCCCUCAAAAGACAGCGCCAAACGCAAGCGCGAUGAACAGGCAAUGCAACCACCCGCUCCGCGUAUCACUUUCAAGCAGUCCAAGACCAGUGUCGUCGCCCCCAGCACCCCAACCACUCCAUCCACGCUCGCGAAAAUCUCCAUUCCUGUCCCUCCGCCCAGCAUCCCUUACCCGGCCGCGAGCACACCCGCCGCAACUACUCCGUCCACGCCAGCAAGUGGGGGUGGGCUCAAGCUGAAGCUCAAGCUUGGACAGAAAAAAUAA